CACCCACCACCUCUUUAUCGUCCACGCACCUCUCCUCCCAUAGCCUCUCGCUCCACUCGCCGCCUGCGCUGACCUGUGGGCCCCUGCUUCCGCCUCCCCUUCCUCAUCUUAUUACCUUCCCCACCACGCCGAUCCGCCGGUCUGUCUCGCAAACCCUAACCCUAGCAAGCCCGCUUCGCUCCUCCUCCUCCAACAAGAUCUCUCUCCGAAUCUUUGGAUGCACCGGCUCCGAUGUCUGCCCCGCCGCCCCCCGCCUCCUCCGAUGAUGAUGGUAAGCCCGCCGACGAGGAGGGCGUAGAGAUCCGCGAGGUAUGGGCGAACAACCUCGAGGCGGAGUUCGCCGUGAUCCGUGACAUCGUCGACGAUUACCCGUACAUCGCCAUGGACACCGAGUUCCCGGGCAUCGUGUGCCGCCCGCUCGGGAGCUUUCGCUCCAAUGACGAGUACAACUACGCCACCCUCAAGGCCAACGUCGACAUGCUGAGCCUCAUCCAGCUUGGUCUCACCCUCUCCGACGAGAACGGCGCACUCCCGGCCAGGGGCACCGGGGGGCGCCCCUGCACCUGGCAGUUCAACUUUCGGGGCUUCGAUCCGCGCUCAGACCCCGCCAACGCUGACUCCAUCGACCUGCUACGCAACAGCGGGAUCGACUUCGACCGCUUCACCACCGAGGGUGCUGACACAGGCCACUUCGCCGAGCUGCUCAUGUCGUCGGGCGUCCUGCUCAACGCUGAGCUCCAGUGGGUCACAUUCCACAGUGGGUACGACUUCGGGUACCUGCUCAAGCUGCUAACCGGGCGGAACCUACCCGACACCAUGCCUGGAUUCUUUGACCUCAUCAGAAUCUACUUCCCUGUGCUGUACGACAUCAAGCAUCUCAUGAAGUACUGCGGCAGCCUCCAUGGUGGCUUGAGCAAGCUUGGUGAGCUACUUGGUGUCCAACGUGUGGGGAUCUGCCACCAGGCUGGGUCCGACUCGCUGCUGACCUUGCGGUGCUUCAAAAAGCUGAAGGAGGCAUAUUUCAGAGGAUCGACCGAGAAUUAUGCCGGUGUAUUGUAUGGUCUUAUUUCUGAUGGUGGGGAGAACAGACCACCAGCAGCUCUGCUCAUCGAAUGAGUAAUGGAUAGUCAAAUAAGACAAUGUUAUGGUUGAAAAAAAGGAAAUGUUUCUGUUGAAUAUAUGCUCUCUGAUCUGAA